AUAUAACCUUUCUGAGCAAUAAUGCACAGGUGUCUUGGAGGACUGCUCCCUCGAGGCGCGGGCAGUGCUCUGGCUGCGGCUCGGCGCUAUGGCCGGGCCGCGGACAGAGAGGACGAUCCCAACUUCUUCAGCAUGGUCGAGGGCUUCUUCGACCGCGGCGCCGCCAUCGUGGAGGACAAACUCGUGGAAGACCUCAGGACCAGGGAGACGCCGGAGCAAAAGAGACACCGAGUGCGGGGAAUCCUCAGGAUCAUUAAACCGUGCAACCACGUCCUGGCCGUUUCCUUUCCUCUUAAGCGAGAUAACGGGGAGUGGGAAAUAAUUGAGGGGUACCGGGCCCAGCACAGCCAGCACAGAACCCCUUGCAAAGGAGGUAUCCGUUACAGCACAGAAGUGUCAGUUGAUGAAGUCAAGGCUCUGGCUUCACUGAUGACAUACAAGUGUGCUGUUGUCGAUGUGCCUUUUGGAGGAGCUAAAGCUGGGGUGAAGAUCAAUCCCAAGAAUUACUCUGACAAUGAGCUGGAGAAAAUUACAAGGCGAUUCACCAUUGAGCUGGCCAAGAAGGGUUUUAUCGGGCCUGGCAUUGAUGUCCCUGCCCCUGAUAUGAGCACUGGCGAGAGGGAGAUGUCUUGGAUAGCUGACACGUAUGCCAACACCAUGGGUCACCACGACAUCAACGCUCACGCGUGCGUGACUGGAAAACCCAUCAGCCAAGGCGGCAUCCACGGCAGGAUCUCGGCCACCGGGCGCGGGGUUUUCCACGGCAUCGAGAACUUCGUCAAUGAGGCGUCCUACACGGGCCUGCUGGGCUUGACCCCCGGCGUCGCAGACAAGACCUUCGUUAUCCAGGGCUUUGGAAAUGUCGGCUUGCACUCUAUGCGGUAUCUGCACCGCUUUGGAGCGAAGUGCGUGGGUGUGGGAGAGUGGGACGGAAGCAUCUGGAACCCGAAUGGCAUUGACCCUAAGGAACUAGAGGACUAUAAGCUGGCUCAUGGCACUAUCGUGGGCUUUCCAGAGGCCACACCCUAUGAGGGCAGCAUUCUGGAGGCCGACUGUGACAUUCUGAUCCCUGCUGCCAGCGAGAAGCAACUGACCAAGAAGAAUGCAAGCAGGGUCAAGGCCAAGAUCAUUGCUGAAGGAGCCAAUGGCCCUACGACCCCUGAAGCUGACAGGAUAUUCCUUGAGAGGAAUAUUAUGGUGAUUCCUGACAUGUACCUGAACGCCGGUGGUGUGACUGUGUCCUACUUCGAGUGGCUUAAGAACCUGAACCACGUCAGCUAUGGCAGACUGACCUUCAAAUACGAGAGAGACUCCAAUUACCACCUGCUCAUGUCUGUGCAGGAGAGUCUGGAGAGGAAGUUUGGCAAGCACGGGGGAUCCAUCCCCGUGGUCCCCACCUCGGAGUUCCAGGCCAGGAUUGCUGGAGCAUCUGAGAAGGACCUAGUGCACUCCGGCCUGGCCUACACCAUGGAGCGCUCGGCCAGGCAAAUCAUGCGCACAGCCAACAAGUACAACCUCGGGCUGGACCUACGGACUGCUGCAUAUGUCAACGCCAUCGAGAAAGUCUUCAAAGUAUACAACGAAGCCGGCCUCACGUUCACAUAGACAUCUACCUCUGAGUAUCUGUCUGUCUCUGUAUGCAGACACUACAUCCUACUCGCCUUCUCCCCAGACCAAAUAUGCUCGCUUCCUGUAUGUUUACAGUUCAUAUAUCACCAUGUACUGUUUUUCGCACACAUGACUUUAGCUUAUUUAGUGAUUUUCUUCUCUGAAGUUAUUCUUCUUUUCUGGUCAUGCAUGAAGCCAAAGCUGUGCCUCUCAUCUGGAUGUCACUGCCGCCCUGCUCCACGUACAUUGCUUUGUCAGAAAAUGCCAAAUAUUGCUAGUUUAAUACCUUAAUUUGGACACAUUUAAAACUGUAAGCCUUAAGGUUGUAUUCUGGGAAGUGUUAGCACCAGUUGUUUGAGCAUAUCAGAUCUCCACACCCAUCAGGCCUUAAUACCUACUAUGCAUCCUGUAUCACGGAAGUUCUGUAGUUUGUUUGUUAGGCCAAGCACCAAGUGAUCUGCAGGUGGUCAGUAAGGAAAUCAGUGCAACUUUCUCAGGCCUUUACAUGUUACUGAACUUGCACAGAAACAUCUUUAGUUGCACUUGAAGAAUGAAACAGAAUUCUGGUGAUCUUUAGUACUUAUGUCUUAAUGAUUACCACAGAAUUUAUGCAAUAAUAUAUAUGUGUGUGUGUGUGAUUGUUUUUAACAACGUUUAAUGUGUUAACCAUACCAAAGGCUUUAAUUUCUUUAUCUUUCACAUUAGCAUUGAAUAUUUGAAUAUAAAACAGCCUUUAGACUCUUUUGGAGUGAGAUUUUGUAUGACCUUGUACGAGCUAAAACAAUAAAAUGAAAACCCACGUC